CCUGCGCUAAGAGUUACAAGAUGGCGGAGAGUGCGCAACUGAAGCAAAUGGUGAUGAGCCUUCGUGUUUCAGAGUUACAAGUGUUGCUAGGCUACGCAGGACGUAACAAGCACGGGCGUAAACACCAACUGUUGACCAAAGCCUUGCACCUCCUUAAGGCCGGCUGCAGCCCCGCUGUCCAGAUGAAGGUGAAGGAGCUCUACAGACGACGCUUCCCCGCCAAGAUGCUGUCUCCGGUGGAUCUGGCCCUGCCCAGUGUCCACUCCACCUCCAGCCUGCCCGGAGGCCUCACCUCGCUGGGGUUUGACAGCCACGGGUCCCCCUCGCCUGGCUCUCUGCUGGUGCCCAAACACGAGCUGGGCCUUCACCCCGUACACCCUGACGUUAAGCUCCAGAGAUUGCCCUUCUACGACAUGCUGGAUGAGCUUAUCAAACCCACCAGCCUGGCCUCAGACAACAGUCAGCGGUUUCAGGAGACGUGUUAUGCCUUUGCAUUGACGCCCCAGCAGGUCCAGCAGAUCAGCAGCUCCAUGGACAUCUCUGGGACCAAGUGUGACUUUGCGGUCCAGGUUCAGCUAAGGUUUUGUUUGUCAGAGACGAGCUGUGCCCAGGAGGAUCAUUUCCCAUCCAACUUGUGUGUGAAAGUCAACAGCAAGCCCUGCAACCUCCCGAGCUACCUUCCUCCAACCAAAAACGGAGUGGAACCCAAACGGCCGAGUCGUCCCAUCAACAUCACGUCACUGGUCAGACUGUCCACCACAGUACCCAACACUAUCGUGGUGUCAUGGACCUCAGAGAUAGGCAGGAGUUUCUCCAUGGCCGUGUACCUGGCGAGACAACAGACAUCCACAACCCUGCUACAGAGACUACGAGCCAAAGGCAUCCGCAACCCAGACCACUCCAGAGCUCUCAUCAAAGAGAAGUUGACAGCUGACCCCGACAGUGAGAUUGCGACCACCAGUCUACGAGUCUCUCUACUCUGUCCGUACAGACAGAGACCUGUCACUGACCUCUGA